GGCUGAGCUCUGCCUAUAGGACUGGGGCAUUCACCAGUCCAAGAUCCAAGUCCUGUCCCAGACACUCUGACCUCUACUGGCUUGAGUGCAGGGAAGCCCAGCUGGAUGAAGGCAGCCUGGCUCUUGGGGGCCCUAGUGGUCCCUCAGCUUUUGGGUUUUGGUCAUGGAGCCCGGGGUCCUGGGAGGGAGUGGGAGGGAGGCUGGGGAGGUGCCCUGGAGGAGGAGCGGAAGCGGGAGUCGCUGAUGUUGAAGGAGACUGACAUGUGUCCUCUACAGGAGGCCCUGGGGCUGCCCACUGGGGUGAGAAACAGAGAUAGUCUUGCUGGAGACCCUGAAGGCAAAAGCGUCUGGGGGACCAAGGAGCCGCUAGGAGAAGAGGAGGGAGAGGACACCACCACAGCACCUACUUCCAGGCCCAACCCUUUCUCCAGCCCUUCUCCCACAUCAGAGGACACCAUCACUUACAUCUUGGGCCGCUUGGCCGGCCUGGAUGCAGGCCUACACCAAUUGCACAUUCGUCUGCACUCUUUGGACACCCGUGUGGUCCAGCUGACCCAGGGACUGCGACAGCUGCGGGAUGCUACUAGAGACACCGGCGACUCAGUGCAAGCGCUGCAGGAGGCACAGGUCCGUGCUGAGCAGGAGCAUGGCCGCUUGGAAGGCUGCCUCAAGGGCCUGCGCCUGGGCCACAAGUGCUUGCGGGCCGCGCUCGCCCCCUACAACUGGCCGGUGCAGCUGGGCGUGAGCGACAGGCGUUCGGAGGGGCUCUACCUUUUCGAGAACGGGCAGCGCGUGUCCUUCUUCGCCUGGCACCGCGCACCCAGCCCGGAGCCCGGCGCCCAUCCUAGCGCGGCAUCCCAUCCGCUCAGCCCGGAUCAGCCCAAUGGCGGCGCCCUGGAGAACUGCGUGGCGCAGGCCUCAGACGACGGUUCUUGGUGGGACCACGACUGUGAGCGGCGCCUCUACUUCGUCUGCGAGUUCCCCUUCUAGAGAGCCGGUCCUUGCCCCAGGGCAAGCACACAUUCUGCACCGCGCACCCUACUGUCUGCGGUCGCUCAGAGCUUCACAAUAACCCACGAAUAAAUUUCAACAAGAA